GCCGGUGAGAGCUGCAGAGCUGCACGUCUUAUUCUGGGGGGUAGGGGAGGGACAAGGUAGAGAACAGUAGACGUUUCAACGUUUGGUUGCGAGGUCCUGUAAAACCUACAAUGGAUCAAGCAAGAUCAGCAAUAUCAAAUAUAUUUCGUGGGGAGCCCCGUUCCUACACUCGCUUCAGCCUAGCCCAGAACAUGGAAGGGGAAAACAGUCACGUGGAGAUGAAACUGUCGAACUCCGAUGCAGAUGAGGAAGUUGGGAAUUCCGUUGGAGAUCAUCCAGUGGUUCAUGUCAACAAGUCGAGCAGAAGUCCUAAAAAUGUUUGCUUCUUGAUCAUUGGAACAGUGCUCCUCUUCCUCAUAGGAUUUCUGAUUGGUUAUUUGGCUAACCGUAGGCAAAAGGAAUGCCUGCUCUGCCCUACGGAUCAGUCUCUCACAUCUCUGGCUGAUAAAAUUACUGAUGACCUCCCCGACACCCUACCGGAACAGGAUCUUACUCUCGACUGGAGUGACCUGAAGCGCCUGCUCGGUCAAAAAAUAACUACCAGCACCUUCAUGAAUAGCAUCAGGGAUUUCAUUUCUGGAAGCCAUGAGGCUGGCUCUGAAGAAGAUGAAAGGCUUGCCAUUUCAGUGUAUGAGAAAUUCAAAAGUUAUGACAUGAAACCCUGGACAGAUGAACACUUCGUCAAGGUUCAAGUUGGAAGUUCUGAAAACAAAGUUACUUAUGUAGGAAGUGGGGACCGUGAAGAAACGAUUGCUUCGCCAACUGGAUAUCUCGCGUACAGUGCCACUGGAGAAGUUAUGGGCAGAGUGAUAUAUUGCAACUAUGGCACACCAGAAGAUUUUAAAGCCUUGGUCGCUCAGGAUGUACAGUUGAAUGGCACUGUUGUCUUGCUUCGAGCUGGAAAACUAAGUUUUGCAGAAAAGGUUGCAAACGCUGAGAAAAUGAGAGCUGCGGCAGUUUUAAUAUACCCAGAUCGAUCUGAUUAUGCAAGUCUGCCGCCGACAACUGACCUUUUCGGCCAUGUUCACUUGGGUUCUGGAGAUCCCUAUACCCCAGGAUUUCCUUCCUUCAAUCACACUCAGUUUCCUCCAUCAAUAUCUUCCGGAUUACCAAAAAUCUUGGCUCAGACCAUUAGCGCUGAUUCUGGAAAGAAGCUGCUACAGAAAAUGAAAGGUGAUAAUGUACCUGCUGGAUGGAUGGGUUCCUUUGAUGGAGUGAGCUACAGGCUGGGUGCUGACACAGAUAGAGUGAAAGUCAAAGUGAAUAAUGUCCUUCUUGAGAAGAAGAUACACAAUAUUUUUGGAGUAAUCAAGGGAAACUUUGACCCAGAUCGCUAUGUUGUGAUUGGUGCUCAGAGGGAUGCCUGGGGCCCAGGUUUUGCUAAGUCUACCAUAGGCACAGCCCUGCUGGUAGAACUUGCCAGAGCCAUUUCAGAGAUGGUGACCAAGGAUGGAUACCAGCCCCGAAGAAGUAUUGUUUUUGCAAGCUGGAGUGCUGGUGACUUUGGCAGCAUCGGAGCUACUGAGUGGCAGGAGGGCUAUCUAUCUUCAUUGCAUUUGAAAGCAGUGGCUUACAUUAACCUUGAUAGAGCUGUUUUGGGAUCUGAAACAUUUCGGGCAUCAGCAAGUCCAUUAUUGUACAACCUGAUUGAGAGUGUAUUGCAACAGGUAAAGUCUCCAACUAGCAGUGAGCAGUCCAUUUAUGCUGCUGUGGGAGGAGAGGACUGGGAGAACACAGUCAUGGAGCCUAUGAAGAUGGAUGAUGCAGCUUAUACUUUCCUUACGUUUUCUGGUAUUCCCUCUGUCUCAUUCAGUUUCAUUCGGAAUUCUCCAGUUGAUGAUUUUCUGGGAACAGCUGAAGACACCAGACAAAAACUAGAGAGCAGAACACAAGACCUAUACAGUACUGCUGUUGCUGCUGCGCAAGUGGCUGGUCUAAUGGCUUUGCGCUUGACACAUGAUCACCUCCUGAGACUUGAUGUUGAAAAGUACAGCCUAUUUCUGCGCACCAUGGUGUCUAGGAUCGUUAUGGAAAGUGCAAAACUGCAGAAUCCUGGAGCGUUAUCCAUGCAGUGGUUGAAAUCGGGUAGUGGAGACUACAGCCGGGCAGCUAGAACUCUGUUAGAAGACAUCGAAAACAGUGAUGUGACUGAUGCUGCAAUGUCCCGCUACAUUAAUGAUCGCAUCAUGAGGGUGGAGCACGGCUUCCUUUCUCCCUACGUCUCUCCAAAGGAAACUCCUUUCCGUCACAUUUUCUAUGGAGCUGGGCCUCACACCUUGGAAUCUCUGCUUGACCGGCUUGGGGUUUUCCGUGAAAAUUCGGCAAACUUCAGUAUGGACGAGUACAAGAAUUGGUUUGCUCUGGCCACCUGGACCAUCCAGGGUUGUGCCAACGGGCUGUCAGGGGAUGUGUGGGACAUUGAUAAUGAGAUGUAAAGCUAGUGUCUGUGGUUUGCUUUAAGAGCAGAGGAGACUGUUAGGUUCACUGAUUUGGACAGUUCUGGUGUUUAUUUUUACUCCCCUUUCGGAAAAUAUUGAAUGGGUUUCCUUGUAACUCGGAAGGCACUUCAUUAAAUUCAUUAGAUUGAAGUUCCUCGCAAACGAGUGGUCGACUUCGCUUUCACAGUUACAGUGACCCACUGGUGUGUUAACAUUGUUUCACCAGUUGCCUCCAAAUCGCUCUAAUAUAGAUCCAAAAUUUUAACGAACACAUAAACAAACGAAAUCGGUACUGUACCUUAUGUCUCCUUUUCGGCUGAACUCAAAUACGCAUUGAUUGUAUAAGUGAAGACAAACAUUUUGAAGUUUUCACAUGAUGAAAACUCAAAAUGAUCUGCCUUUUGUCCUAAUUAUGGCUUUACCACCUGGUAAAAGCUUUGAAUUUAGUGGCAAAUAGCAUGCAAAUGACUUUAUCCAUGCUCUAUGUGGCUUUAUUAAUACUUGAUUGAUCGUUCCAAUAAAUAGUAUGUGAAGUUUAGCUUAAAGUAGAAGAUAAAAUCUUUUUGCUAUACAAGCUAAACUUGCAUGUCAGUCUAAGAAUAUUUUGCCACAAUUUAGUGCAUCAAGCGUAGAUCAUUGUUGUAUCGUAGUUGUACUUUCAUAUAUCGGGUCAUGAAUAAGACAUCUUGCGACUGGUUUCUGAUAUUUUUCUGUGCUUUUUAUAUUUGUGAUGGGAGCUGUUUUGCAUCUAAAUGACAUUGAUCACUUUUAAGGUUUGAGCAUUGCAAAGUUUUAGCCACCAUGCUAACCAGAUUUGAACUUAUGGAUGCACACUUUCUAGUAUGUACCAAGGUGCUGCAUGAUGGACUCUUGUCACUGGAGCUCCGUUGUGGUUAAUUUGUUUUCACAGACAGACUGACGUUUUUGUGAACACGUAUCUAAUUGCCUAUAGAGCAAAAUUCUGUUACCAAAUCUUUCCUGUUAAAUUAUUCAGUAUGUAACCUUAACAUUUCCUUCCAGCCAAUUUCAUUUGGCCAAAAUGGGGAAAAAAAUGUGAAGAAAAGGUCUUCACCACCUGGCACUGAGAUAUGUAUUUGUUCAUUAUUUAUUUAUCAGUGACAGAGUUCACUAUAAAUAGUAUUUUUUUUAUAUAAUUAUCGGAAGCAGUGCCUUCCAUAAUUAUGACAGUUAUACUGUCGAUUUAUUAAAAGCAGCAUCUGCUAUUGAAAUAAACUUGUUACCAAUGUCUAUGUCCAGAAACUUUAAUUGUCCUAUGGGUGUUGUAAACUAGUCCAAAUUGUACAAUUAUACAUCCUUCUUUGGAACUAAAAUGCUGGUAUUUAUUUUCCUCAACAGAUUAACCAAGGAAAUUUCACUCUUUUAUGCAGAUUUAUGGAAAUUCUAGAGUUUUAAGUUAAUUCUAGACAACAUUCAAUUUAAAUGCAAAGUUUUGUUUUGACCAAUUUUUACUGCAGUCCAAGAUCAAUCAAUGUCCAAGUGCUUGAAUUUGGCAGUGGAGAAGGGAAUGAACCAAACCUUUUAAGUAAAGCUUUGCAAUUUCUUGGACAUAAAUUUUGGUACAUUUGUAUUUCUAAUCCUAAAAAACAUUAUCGGGAGCAGUGUCUUCCAUAAUGUGGAAAAGAAGGUAGUUUUUGCCUACCAAGGUGUAUAUAUCGGAGGCAGUGACCUCCAUAUUUCACACUGCAGGGUGUAUGUAAUUAUCGGGAACAGUGUUUCCCAUAAUUUUUAUAUAUUGUUUGCAUUGACUUACUAUUGCAAAGCUUGACUUUUUUGUGCAUCAUCAUUAGUGGAGUGGGUUUUCUUUCUACAUGCCCUCUACUUCUUACAGUGUAGCCAUUGCUGUUUUAUUUCCUAUGUGUGGCUUAACUGUGCCUCGAGUGAUUUAAGUAGUUAACUGCCGAUCAAAAGAAUCAUCAAAUAAUGCAAAUUUUGUUCAUCAGAACUUUUGUUUUGCUUUCAUGACACUUGUUUUUCUCUUGCAUCUCUUUUUUUUUAAGUUUCAAAACAUACAGUAGAUGUUUUCUCCUUUACAUUGGCUAAAUACAGUCAGACUUCUGAGGAUCAAGAUUAGGGUUAAAUCCUAAUUUAUUAGGGAAAUUGAAAAGCAAAGAAGAAUGCCUACGUUUGGUCAAAGCCAAUCCCCUUGACAAAAUUCAAUAUUUUGCUGCAUUUAUUUUGAAAGUAUUUUGUGACUUUCAGAUAAUAGUUUAACCUUAGUCCUAGAGAAAGGAUUUCUUUCAUGGAAUGGGGCACUUGUUUAGAAACUGAGAUGUAAAAUUUGACGAAAAUGCUAAUGAUAUACAAUUAAAUUUAGAAACCGUUUUCAGCACAUAAUCAUGAGGGAAAAACAAAGUGUUGAGAAUGCAGACAGUACAGUUCUUCCUGUUAGCACAUCUGUUUGCACUGCUGUAGUGGUGAAUUAGUCAAAAGUUGGACAUUUUAAACUGAGCAUUUUGUUAUACAUCAGGUGUUGGUUAUUAGAAAUCGCAUUGUGUAAAAUUUAAGUGUAGUGUGGGUAAUGCACAAUAUAUUUUUUUCAUAUAAAAUUGAAUUAAAUUUGUCUCAGUAAGACAACAGGAACAUAAGCCUCAAUAAAUGGGGAAAUUUGUAUUCCGCUGUAAAAUGAUCAGUAAAUGCUCCCAGUAACAAAUAAACCAGUCUAUGGUUUUAAUGUGAAGGCUGAGGCAGUUUUUGCUUAAUGUGUUUUUUUUUUCAAAUUGAUUUUUUUUAUGGAUCAGUAUGUUGCCUCAAUCUUAUUCUUAUUCAUCUAGAAUUACACCCUUUAGCUGAAUUAUGACAAAAUAAAAAUAAAGAAACAUUCCCUGGCCAGAGUGCUGCAAGAUAAAUAUUAAUGUAGCAUGGUAUAUGGUAUGUACCGUUGUUUCCAUUAUUGAACAGAUCGUAUAUUUAGAAGGUCCUAUCACUAACCAUAUUCAAAACGGUAAAAAAAUAUUUUUUUAAAAACAAUUUUAAAACUGAUUAAUAUUUUAAGUUAUAUGAUCUACAAUGAACUUUGGAGUUGGUAUAAAGCUUUUUUUUAACAGAAAAAAUCACUUUAAACAAGUAAUGUGGUAAACGAACCUGUAAUAUUGUGGCUGUGAGUGAUAGUCUCAUCAUGUGUGAUUUUGAUUGCUUUGUUUCUUACAUUAUGUUCUUUUAAAUUGUCCAACGGUUUGCUUUUGGAUUUUUACAGCUAUUGUUAUGGGAAAGUAAAAUUGCUUUUUAGAUCUAGGCUUUGCUGUUUAUUUAAAACCAAGUGUGUGACUGUUUGAGAUGGUAAAGUUAAUAUGAAUUGGGGAGAUGGGUUGUUUCCAUUUUGAAGAAAUGUCUGUAGGUUGGUGGCUGGGAUUUGUAAAAGAUAAGAAAAAUCUGUAUUUCUGUUUUCCGCAAUAAAUGUUGAUAAAGCUAU